AUGGCAAAUAUUGUAGAAAACCGUUAUGGCAAAGAAGGUGUUCGUCUUGUACGAGUACGUCGUUCACCAUACAAUGGAAAUACAUUCAAUGAAUGGACAGUACGUAUUUUAAUCGAAGGUGACUUUGUUAGUAGUUAUACUGAAGCUGAUAAUUCUAAAGUUUUAACAACAGAUACAAUGAAAAAUACAGUCUAUUAUAUGGCACAACGUACAAGUGCAAAAUCAAUUGAAGAUUUUGGAAAAGAGCUUGCUAAUUAUUUACUUGAGCAUCAUUCACAAAUAUCAGCUGCUAAUAUUGAUAUUGAAAGUAAAGCAUGGUCACAUAUAGUUACAUCAAAUAAAGUUCGUCAUCCAACAUCAUUUGUUCAAACAAGUAAUGAAGUACAAUUAACAACUGUUAAACGUUCAAGGCAUGGUAGUUUUUCAAUUGUAUCUGGUCUUAGUGGUUUAAAAGUAAUGAAAACGGCUAAUUCAAGUUUUGCGAAUUUUUAUAGAGAUUCAUUAACAACAUUACCUGAAUCAACUGAUCGUCUUUUUGGUACAGCUAUUGUAGCUCUUUGGACAUAUGAAGAUGGUUCAGCAAUAAUGGAUUUUGAUAAAACUCGUCAACAAAUUCGUUCAUUGAUGAUUGAUUUAUUUGCUGAACAUGAAUCCGAAAGUGUUCAACAUACAAUGUAUGAUAUGGGUAAACUUGUUUUAAAUAAUGUUAAAUCUAUAAGUAAAAUACAUCUUACACUGCCAAAUCUUCAUUGUUUACCUGUUGAUUUAACUCGUUUUGGUGAAGAAAAUAAAAAUGAAAUAUUUAUGCCUAUUGAUGAUCCUCACGGUUAUAUACAAUGUACAUUAACAAGAUCAUCAUCAAAAGCAUCCGUUUUAUCAAAACUUUAA